AGUAAAAUUUGUUCCUAUUCUAUCUUAUAUCAACGUUCUUCACAACAGACACAAAUUGAAUUACAGUACUUUACUGUACAAAAAUAUCACUCUUUUAAAAAAUUUGAAUAUCCAACUAUAUUUUCAAUUAAAUAUUCAUAUUCAGUUAAGUUAACCCUUGAAUUUGUAUGUUCAUGAACGUCUUAGUCUCCGCGAUCCUUGGACAUGUCAUUAGUUGACAUACAUGCCGUCAAAUCUGACACGCAACUGGAAGAACAUCCCCCAGGCCUCAACUAUACCACCACCGUUGCGCAAGAGAAGACGACGGGCACUCAAAGACAAUGACACCUGUGGCCAGUCCGUAUUGAAGAAGGCGACAUAAAAAAGGUUGACAAAAUGGAACUUAUGUUGAUGGCGACUUCUGUGAGCCAAAUGACUGAAGAAAUUAGGCAUUUUUGCUAAUUUGGAGAAAAAUCACCAUUAUUUUCUUAACUAUAAUUUUGUAAUGAAGUGAUGGAAGACAAAACUGAGAACGAUACAAAAAUCACAAGGAAUUGAGAAGUCUACAGAGUGACAAAACAGAUGGACUAAUGUAAUUAUAGAAAAAAUAGCUGGGUAGGACUACUUCAACCAUCCCUUAGUACGGAAACUUGAGUAAAUAUUGAGAAAGCUCAUGAUGACUUCGCAGAAUAAGAUUUAUAACACCAAGAUACACGUGAUACGCCCACUCUUUUGUAUUGUUUCCACAUGGCUUGAGUCUGCUGGUGGUGGGAUAGGAAGGCUACUUCCGUGUAAGGAUAGCCUAUGUCUGUUUUCUGCGACAACCUAUGGUCACUUGGUAUCUGGUGUCGAUCGCAAAGAGGACAUCGAGAGAGACACGUGCUCUAGCAAAGGCGAUAGGGGCUUCAGAUGACCUGCUGCUCUCCGAAGUUCCAUAGAACAAAAUGGUUCAAGUGGAUUGCCUUGUAACCACCUUGAUGGUGGUGGUAUCCUGUGUGCAUGUAAGGGCUUCACCAACUGGGUUAGUUCCUGGAGGAAUCACCACCCAUCAGGCGAUGCUUGAUACGGAGGCCAAUUACGUUCUAUUCUGGACUCCCCGUGAUCGUGAUAUCGUGUUUGAAGUUCACGUUGCAACUACAGGAUAUGUUGGACUAGGAUUCUCCCCCGGUGGCGGGAUGAAGGACGCUGACAUCAUCUUAGGAUGGGUCAAGGAUGAUACAGGAGAGGUCGUGUUGCAUGAUCGGUUCUCUCCAGGCUACGGAAUACCAAUUAUUGACAAGUCCCAGAAUGUGGAGCUUCUUUCAGGCUAUCAGAAUGGCACUCAUACAGUGCUACGCUUUAAAAGACCUUGGGACACGUGUGAUCAUGAAGAUUUUAAGAUAGCUAAUGACACCGUACGGAUUAUUUGGUCGUACAGCUACCAGGACCCAGAGGGCGAAAUGGACAUGACGAUUCACCACAAGAGGGGAACGAAAAGUAUGUACCUGAAUGAACCGCCUUUCCUGAUGCCUGAACUCCCUCAAGACGUCAAGACAUUUGAUAUCUUGGUCAACAACGUAAGCCUCCCAAAUACUAUCAACACGGUUUACUGGUGCAAAGUUUACAAAAUGCAACCCCUAGAGAAGAAAGCUCAUAUCAUUGGGUUUGUCCCGUUGGUCCAGAAGGAAAAUAUAGAGCACGUUCAUCACAUUGUCUUUUACGAGUGCCACUUACCAGAAUCUGAGGACAUGGACGAAUGGCUGGAAGUAGAUGGUGUCCAGUGUUACUCCAAAAAUAUGCCUCCCUCGUGGAAAUACUGUAAAGUUCCUCUUCUGGCAUGGGCUGUGGGUUCUGAAGGUGAGAUGUAUCCGGAACACGUUGGGUUUCCAAUUGGAGAGAAUCAUGGAGGAUCUUCGUACUUCCUGAUGGAAAUGCAUUAUGAUAAUGCCAAUCUAAGACAAGAUGUGGUGGAUAAUUCAGGUCUGAGGAUUUUUUAUACUGAAAAAGUACGUAAAUAUGAUGCUGCCAAUGUAGCCUUGGGUCACAACGUGAGCCCUCGUAUGAUCAUCCCUCCUGGACAGACCUGGCUUACAGUUGGUCAUUGUGUUAGUGAAUGCACUGAGAUGCUGCCUCCAGAAGGUAUAAAGGUGUUCCAUGGAUUGCUCCAUUCCCACAUCCUCGGAAGAUCCUUGAGACUGCGCCAUAUUCGAAAUGGUCGUGAACUUCCCACGAUAUUGGAAGACAAGGCCUAUGACUUCGAUUUUCAACAAAAUCGCGUUUUAAAAAAGGAAAUGACCAUCCUCCCAGGGGACAGCCUAAUGAUGGAAUGUGUUUAUGAUUCUACUAAAAUUAAAACUCCCUCUUACGGUGGGCUUUCAACAGAAGAAGAAAUGUGUUUAGCUUUCCUGGCAUUUUAUCCACGAAUGGAGUUUGCCUUCUGUGGAUCGCAGCUUCCCAUAAAAAGCAUCUAUGAAAGCGUUGGUUUUGAAGAAAUCUACAGCUGGGAAGACAUGAGACCACCCAAAAAACAGGAAGGAGAAAGGGCAGAAAACUUGAAGCCUCCCAACAAAACUUCCAAAUACGAAGUUUUCAAGGCCUGGCACAGCUUCAAAAUGGUGAAAGCGAAGUCGCCCAAAAAAUAUGAAGGAAUGACCCUAUAUGAUGUAUUUAAUAACGAAUCGUUGUGGUUCGACAAUGAGUGGGUAGGCCAGUUUCAGGAAAUGGCAGCUUACGGCAAACACGAAGUGAUCUGUGCAAGAGGCUUAAAGGAUUUUCUGAAGCAUGGCAACCACACACCAUCCAUGACUGAUUACCCAGACUUCAUUCCUUUCGAAGAGGAUAAUCCAGUAUGCAGUUCCCAGUGAUAAUCAUCAGCUAAUCAACAGGUUCUUGAAAAUUAAGUAAAUCUUAAGAAAAUGGUAAUCUGUUUUAAGUGUAAUGGUACUGUAUUAAUAGCUUGGGUUAAAAGAUGUACUGUGGUAUUCCCUUUAUUUGCAAUGUUGCAUUCUGGGCAAAAGACACUUGAGACUAUUAAUAUUUUUCAGGUUAGAUAUAUCUCUUCAGUUGUUGCUUUCUUCCAUAAGCUAUUUAGUAGUGUGAAAGAGAAUAAAGAAAUAAAUUUAGUUUUUAACAUUUUGGCAAGCUAGUGAUUUGUAAUAAUUUUGCAGAGAUUAGAAGUGGGACUAAAAAAAGGGACUGAACUUACUAAAUAUGAAAUUUAUGUAGAGUAUCAUUAGAAACUUUACCCACAAAUUACAAACACUCUAUUUUGUAAAGAAAAAGUUUGCGAGAAUAAAAUGUGUGUACAAUUAAAUGCCUCUUGAAUAAUCCUCCUAAGGGUGAAUUAACUUGCAGACGAAUACAGAUUUAUUUCAGUUUGGGCUAAUAUCUGUUAUUGACAGCUAAUCUCGGAGCAAAGGUCCAGAUGAACAUUUUCAACACAUGGCUGUUGGCCGCCUUUUACCUCUGUUGUUGAAUUUGCCGAGAGUUUGAAAUACUCCUGUUA